CAGAGUGCAGGCAGGGGAGGGGCAGAGAGAGGGAGACAGAAUCUGAAGCAGGCUCCAGGCUCUGAACUCUAAGCUGUCGGCACAGAUUCUAAUGUGGGGCUCGAACCCACUAGCUGUGAGAUCAUGACCUGAGCUGAAGUCAGAUGCUCAACCGACUGAGCCACCCAGGCACCCCUGGAUAUUGUCUUAUUGCUGACUUUAAAGGACAGUUCCCUACUUCGGUACCUGAUGAGUUUCUAAAGUAUUUACAUGUUGUUAGUUGUAUGAACUUAUAUGUCAUAAAAAGGGUUCUGUUUCUGAAGAACUAAAGAAUAUUGUUAUAUUUUAAAUUUUGAUGCUUGCAUGUACUUUUUCUUUUGAGUCCUGGUGACUUGUGAAAGUUUCGGUCCAGACCUCCUGGGGGUGUGUGGGGAGGUAGUUGGUUUGUCAGAAGAUAGUUACUUCUCUCAUCCUACCUCUUGUAAAAUCAGGCAGUGCACUUAAUUUUUAUCAUGGGCCCUCCCUUUUCUUUUCCCCCAGGGACCAUUCCAUAAUUAUUCAUUCCUGCCCUGAUGUGUUUAGAGUAGGGGUAGUUACUAUAAUCUUUCCUUCCCUGACUCUGCAACACGUUAAUACUCUGUAAUGUCAUAGAACUGACUUGAGCGUAACUUGACUGCAACAGUGGUCUGCCUUUUUCCUACAAAUAAACAUGGUGAUAUGGCAUCAUAGCUUAUAAUAAUCAUUAAUUUAUGUAAUAUAUGAAAGGUCAGAUUUGGCUUAUGAAAGGCAUUUUGGAAUGUCACUGUGCAGUGUGGGUUAAGUAGAUGAAGUAAAAGUUCAACUUAUGACCACUUGUGUUUAUUUUGGCAAACUUGUAUUAAUUUCCAAGAAUAUUCUCCUUGUCAUGAUACCUUGUUUUGUACAUGUGAUAAGUAGUUUUUGAAAGGUGUCUUUUUUCUCCUCUCUAUUAACUGUUUUAGUACAGUCUGUCUACUUUUUAAAAAUUAUUUGGUCUGGGGGCACCUGGGUGGCUCAUUCGUUUCAGCAUCUGACUCUAGGUUUUAGCUCAGGUCACCAUCUCAUGGCUUCGUGGGUUUGAGCCCUGCAUCGGGCUCUGCACUGGCUGUGUGGAGCCUGCUUGGGAUUCUCUGUGUCCCCCUGUCUCUCUGCCUCUCCCCAACUUGUGCUGUCUUUGUCUCUCUCAAAAUAAAUAAACUUAAAAAUUAUUUAAUAUUUAAAAAUGUCUAGCAAUGUUUUUCUUGUCUCUUUAGCUUUGUUGAUAGAGGUUUAGGUCAGAGUUUCUUACAGUGUGGUUUGUGGACUAUUCAUUUCCUGUGGUGCUUGCUAAAACUGUAGAAUGCUGUACCUCACCUCAGACUUACUGUUUCAAAUCCAAGAGUUGGACUAGGGCAUUCUCAAUAGGAAUCACAACUGAUUCUUCUGUACUUAAAGUUUGAAGACCACUAGUUGAAAUUAAUUAGUAUUCUUAAAGAUGAGAAUGCUUUUUCAGCACUUGUGUGAAUUGACUGCAGGGCUCCUCCAGGGUUUGAAUUAUUACAGUACACCCAACUUAACAGGGGAGCAGAAUCUCUUUGAACACAUAGGCUUUCUUUUGUUUCAGGUGUUUCUCCCCAUCAGUUCACUGAUGUGCUGUCCUGUCUUAAGGGAAGUGCCUCCUCCCUCAGGCUUUCAGGGUCAACAUCUGUAUGGAAACUCAAAGCUUCAGCACCAGCAGACAUUUCUGAAUCAGCUGAGAGAAAUCACUGGGAUUAAUGAUGCCCAGAUACUACAGCAAGCCUUGAAGGAUAGUAAUGGAAACUUGGAAUUAGCAGUGGCUUUCCUUACUGCAAAGAAUGCCAAGACCCCUCAGCAAGAGGAGACAACUUACUACCAAACAGCACUUCCUGGCAAUGAUAGAUACAUCAGUGUGGGAAGCCAAGCAGACACAAGAAAAAAGUAUAUGCCCACCAGAACAAGAUGUGCUACAAUUGAGCAAUCAAAGUAUGGAUCAAAAGAUGAGAGGGAUUUGGAUGUGAUUGAUCUCACUGGAGAUGAUAAAGAUGAUCUUCAGAGAGCAAUUGCCUUGAGUUUGGCGGAAUCAAACAGGGCAUUCAGGGAGACUGGAAUAACUGAUGAGGAGCAAGCCAUUAGCAGAGUUCUUGAAGCCAGCAUAGCAGAAAAUAAAGCCUGUUUAAAGAGGACGCCUACAGAAGUUUGGAGGGAUUCUCGAAACCCUUACGAUAGAAAAAGGCAGGACAAAGCUCCUGUUGGACUAAAGAAUGUUGGCAAUACUUGCUGGUUUAGUGCUGUUAUUCAGUCAUUAUUCAAUCUUUUGGAAUUUAGAAGAUUAGUUCUGAAUUACAAGCCUCCGUCAAAUGCUCAAGAUUUACCCCGAAACCAAAAGGAGCAUCGGAAUUUGCCUUUUAUGCGUGAGCUGAGGUAUCUAUUUGCACUUCUUGUUGGUACUAAAAGGAAAUAUGUAGAUCCAUCAAGAGCAGUUGAAAUUCUUAAGGAUGCUUUCAAAUCAAAUGACUCUCAGCAGCAAGAUGUGAGUGAGUUUACACACAAAUUAUUAGAUUGGUUAGAAGAUGCCUUCCAAAUGAAAGCUGAAGAAGAGACGGAUGAAGAGAAGCCAAAGAACCCCAUGGUAGAGUUGUUCUAUGGGAGAUUCCUUGCUGUGGGAGUACUUGAAGGGAAAAAAUUUGAAAAUACUGAAAUGUUUGGUCAGUACCCACUUCAGGUCAAUGGAUUCAAAGAUCUACAUGAGUGCCUAGAAGCUGCUAUGAUUGAAGGAGAAAUUGAGUCCUUACAUUCAGAGAAUUCAGGCAAAUCAGGCCAAGAGCAUUGGUUUACCAAAUUACCACCUGUGUUAACAUUUGAAUUAUCAAGAUUUGAAUUUAAUCAGGCAUUGGGAAGACCAGAAAAAAUUCACAACAAAUUAGAAUUUCCUCAAGUUUUAUAUCUGGACAGAUAUAUGCACAGAAACAGAGAAAUAACAAGAAUUAAGAGGGAAGAAAUCAAGAGACUAAAAGAUUACCUCACAGUAUUACAACAAAGACUAGAAAGAUAUUUAAGCUAUGGUUCGGGUCCCAAACGAUUCCCCUUGGUAGAUGUUCUACAGUAUGCGUUGGAAUUUGCUUCAAGCAAACCUGUUUGUACAUCUCCUGUUGAUGAUAUUGAUGCUAGUUCCCCACCUAGUGGUUCCGUACCACAGACAUUACCAAGCACAACAGAACAACAGGGAGCCCCUUCUGCGGAACUGCCAAGCACGUCACCUGCACCACUAGCUGCCGUUUCGUCGAGAUCAGUCAUACAUAAACCGUUCACUCAGUCUCGGAUACCUCCAGAUCUGCCCAUGCAUCCAGCACCAAGGCACAUCACAGAGGAAGAACUUUCUGUGCUAGAAAGCUGUUUACAUCGCUGGAGGACGGAAAUAGAAAAUGACACCAGAGAUUUGCAGGAAAGCAUAUCAAGAAUCCAUCGAACAAUUGAACUAAUGUACUCUGACAAAUCUAUGAUCCAAGUUCCUUAUCGCUUACAUGCUGUUUUAGUUCAUGAAGGUCAAGCUAAUGCCGGGCACUACUGGGCAUACAUUUUUGAUCAUCGUGAAAAUAGGUGGAUGAAGUACAAUGAUAUUGCUGUGACAAAAUCAUCAUGGGAAGAGCUAGUGAGGGACUCUUUUGGUGGUUAUAGAAAUGCCAGUGCAUACUGUUUAAUGUACAUAAAUGAUAAGGCACAAUUCUUAAUAAAAGAGGAGUUAAAUAAAGAAACUGGGCAAGCUCUUGUUGGAAUUGAAACAUUACCACCGGAUUUAAGAGAUUUUGUUGAGGAAGACAACCAGCGAUUUGAAAAAGAACUAGAAGAAUGGGAUGCACAACUUGCCCAGAAAGCUUUGCAGGAAAAACUUCUAGCAUCUCAGAAGUUGAGGGAGUCAGAGUCUUCUGUAACAACAGCACAAGCAGGAGAAGCAGAAUAUCUAGAGCAGCCAUCAAGAAGUGAUUUCUCAAAGCACUUGAAAGAAGAAACUAUUCGAAUAAUUACCAAGGCAUCACAUGAGCGUGAAGAUAAAAGUCCUGAAACAGUUUUGCAGUCGAAACCUGAAAAUACCACAAGCCAACCACCUUCUAACCAGCAAAUUGUAGAGGUGGCGAUUCCUCAUGUAGGGAAAUUCAUGAUUGAGUCAAAGGAGGGGGGUUAUGAUGACGAGAUCAUGAUGACACCGAACAUGCAAGGUAUUAUCAUGGCGAUAGGUAAAUCCAGGAAUGUAUAUGACAGGUGUGGCCCUGAAGCAGGGUUCUUUAAGGCAAUUAAGUUGGAGUAUUCAAGAUUGGUUAAAUUGGCCCAAGAAGACACCCCACCAGAAACAGAUUAUCGUUUACAUCAUGUAGUGGUCUAUUUUAUCCAGAACCAGGCACCAAAGAAAAUCAUUGAGAAAACAUUGCUAGAACAAUUUGGAGAUAGAAAUUUGAGUUUUGAUGAAAGGUGUCACAACAUAAUGAAAGUUGCUCAAGCCAAACUUGAAAUGAUAAAACCUGAAGAAGUAAACUUGGAGGAAUAUGAGGAGUGGCAUCAGGAUUAUAGUAAGUUCAGGGAAACAACCAUGUAUCUCAUAAUUGGGCUAGAAAAUUUUCAAAGAGAAAGUUAUAUAGAUUCCUUGCUGUUCCUUAUCUGCGCUUAUCAGAAUAACAAAGAACUCUUGUCCAAAGGCCGAUACAGAGGACAUGAUGAAGAAUUGAUAUCACAUUAUAGAAGAGAGUGUUUACUAAAAUUAAAUGAGCAAGCUGCAGAACUAUUUGAAUCUGGAGAGGAUCGAGAAGUAAACAAUGGUUUGAUUAUUAUGAAUGAGUUUAUUGUCCCAUUUUUGCCCUUGUUAUUGGUGGAUGAAAUGGAAGAGAAAGAUAUUCUUGCUGUGGAAGACAUGAGAAAUCGAUGGUGUUCCUAUCUUGGACAAGAAAUGGAAUCAAACCUCCAAGAGAAGCUGACGGAUUUUCUGCCAAAACUGCUUGAUUGUUCUACUGAGAUUAAAGGUUUCCAUGAACCACCGAAGUUACCGUCAUAUUCCACACAUGAACUCUGCGAGCGGUUUGCCCGAAUCAUGUUAUCCCUCAGUCGAACUCCUGCUGAUGGAAGAUAAACUGCACACACUUUCCCUGAACACACUGUAUAAACUUUUUUUAGUUCUUAACCCUUGCCUUCCUGUCACAGGGUUUGCUUGUUGCUGCUAUAGUUUUUAACUUUUUUUUAUUUUAAUAACUGCAAAAGACAGACAGACCAUAGAGACUUUAGCCAGACUGCAAACAAUAAAGCUGAGAAUCGCA